AACUAUUCAUGAAUGUUCAUCAAUGAACAAAAUGUUAAAUUUUGUAUAACUAAAAAACGGAAACAACUUUUAAUAUGAAUACAUCAUUAAAAAAAAAAUAGAAUAUUGUACAUAACAUAGGUAGUCGAUAUUGUCGCCAAUUGUAUUCUAAGUAAAUUUUACAAGAAUUGCACGAUUGUUAUGAAGAAACCGUGCAAAACUAUUAUCUCAUAAUCGGUAAAAUGUUCAUGCCAAGUUAGAAAACUACACAAUUUUCAGCAUUUAAUAUGGAAGAAAGUCAAGAUACUGAAAAUAUUAUAGCAGACCUGGAAAACACGUCUUUAGUCGAAUCGGAACCAGAAGUAUCAAUUGUCAACGAAAAUAGCGAGUCAAACGAAUUAGCAACAGAAAAUGUAAACGUUAAUUUACAUGAAAAUUUAUUUGAAAAACUUAAAGAGAACAAUAAACAUGUAUUUGUGUUGAGCACAGCUGGCAAACCCAUUUACACGCGUUAUGGAAAUGAAAACCAAAUGGCUUCCCUGUUUGGCUUAAUGAUAGCGUUAGUAUCGGUUACACAAGAUUCUAACGAUACAUUACAAUCAGUGUAUUGCGGACCAACCAGAAUAGUUUUUUUAAAUAAUGAUCCGAUCAUAUUAGUUGGUGUAUCUCAGACUUCUGAACCUUACGAUAGAAUCAAAAAACAGUUAACGUACGUGUACAAUCAUAUAAUUAGCACUUUGACGCUAACGCAGCUAAAGAAAAUAUUCCAGAACAGAACAAAUUUUGAUCUGCGACGUCUGAUGAGUGGAUCCGAGAGACUAAUAGACAAGCUUAUAACGUUCACUGAAAACGAUGCUGGCUUUUUGUUAGAUUCUAUUUGUUGUCUACAAAUGCCAUCGUCGAGUAGAGACAAAAUAACACAAACCAUACUGACGGAAUGUAGUAAAAUAAAGAAUUUAGUAUUUGGCCUGUUGAUUGCUCAAAAACAUGUGAUAUCUAUUGUGAGAAUGAAAAAGUAUACACUGCAAGUGUCCGAUAUUCAUUUGAUACUCAACCUCGUCAAUUCGACUGAAUCGUUUAAGACUGCCGAGAGUUGGACGCCUAUUUGCUUACCGACGUUUGACGCAAGUGGUUUCAUGCACGCUCACAUAUCAUACUUGGCUGAAGAUUGUCAAGCAUGCCUGGUAUUGUUAACUAUCGAUCAUAAUUUAUUUUUUUUACUCUCCGACGCCAAGAGAAAAAUAACCGAGAAAAUGCGUCGAAACGAUUGUCUGCAAGCAAUCAACGAGGCAAUGUUACGUCAACCAUUGAGUUUAUCGCGGAUCAACAUUGUUGGCCUGAGACAUUUGUUGUACAAAAAUAAAAAUCGAUCACAACAUUGGUGUCCUCCAUUUACAGCUGUGUACGACACUGAUGCACUUCGGCAAAACCUUAUGUCCACGUAUUACUCAUUAAACAGUCAAUUAAAUUUUCCCGGUCGCACGUUAAAAGUGAUCUAUCAACAACUAAUGGCUGAAACUAUGCUCGCUUGGGCGACUGACGACGUAGAAUUGUACAUGUGCUUCGAGCCACUCGUGUCCAAAGAAUGUGCAAUGAACGCAGUUACUAGACUGACGCAAUGGAUGAAAAAAGAAGAAGAUUCUUUGUUCAUUUUCAAUAUACCCAUGUUUUAGAUAAUACUGUCAUGGGAAUUACUUUCAACAUGUGUGAUAUGAAGUUUAAAAUAAUUAUUUGUUAUUUUUAAAAUAAUAUACGAUAUAUAUAUUAUUUUAAUGUCUAUUCAUAUUAUGUAUACAUUUAACCAUUCCUUUAGAUAAACUAAACGGUUAGUCGU